AUGUUAAUUGAACCAUUAAGCUCAACAAAGUUCCAGCUCAAACCGUGCAAAUCAUCGUCGGAAUGCGGACAAAACAGCUGCUGCCGGGAUGUGCGUGGCGUACUUGUUGGAAGGUUGAACGAUGGAGGGUCUGGUUUUGGAUUCGGAGGAUUUGGUGAUCUUCUUCUUGGUGUUAGCCCCACUCCAUCAGCUACAGGCUUUUGUUCCACAAAUUUACAACAAAAAGGAGAACGUUGCGAUCCUAGCUCUUGUACUUGUGGAUCAGGUCUGACGUGUUAUCGGCCUAUCAGUGGCGCCUGCUGUCCCCCACAUCAGUGCUACGACUCCGAGUGGGUGAAAAAACAAGAAAAAUAUUGGCGGGAAUGUUUUUCCAAUCCAAGCUGUCCUUUGCCACCAUAAGCUCCCGUAAGGGACCUGCGCCAGCUUUUGGGGCGAAAAAGAAAACGAUGGCAAUGUUCAAUUUUUGGGAGAAUAAAAUAAUCUUCUUAAACGUAUCGACCAUUUUCCAAAAAAAUUAAAGUCUACAAUACUCUGUAAAUAUACGUUCUUAAGGCCACUUUUUCAGAAGUUCGCUUUGGUGGAAUGAACCUUUGUUUAUCUAUCAAAAAUGUAAUUAUUGGACCAAUAGUAUUACAUAUUGUUGCUCUUAUUUAAAAGGACAUAGCAUCAUAAUAUACUCAUAACAGUUGCAUAUGACAUAAGCUUACAAAAAAAAAAAAAAAAAUAAAAAAA